AUGGUGACCUCCGCGCGCCAGCUACUGGGCAAGGUCUCGGAGACCAUCCCGGUCCUGUACUGCCCCGGAAACCACGACCUUGGCGACGCUGACGGGGGUAACGAUGACGAGUCCGACUACGUCCGAAGGUUCGGAGCCGACUACUACUCCUUCUGGUGUGGAGGGGUGAGGGGGCUCGUGCUCAACACUCAUCUCUGGGCCAGCCGCACCGCUAACCCGGAGAGACGCCUGGCGCAGGAGCGUUGGCUGGACCAGGAGCUAGAAGUGGCAAAGCUCAACGCGCAUCACUUGAUAGUCGUGGGACACCACCCUUGGUUCCUGCAGGACCCGUACGAGGAGGAGCACCGGAUAUGGACGCCGAUUCCGAGGAAGACGCGCCUCCGCUGGCUGGCCAAGAUGGGCCACUGCAAGGUGAAGUUCAUCUUUUCCGGCCACUGCCACCGCAACUACGAGGCCAGGGUGAAACGGCCGAUUGCCGUCGAAACGGCACCGCGACCGACUCCCGCGGCCGCCGCCGCCGCCACCGCUACCCCCGACAAUAACGCCGCAUCGGGCGGAGACCCUGCCCGCCCUCCCGGCGACGUCCCCGGGCUAUCACCACCUUCGUCAUCUACAGGGGGCGCCGUGGAUUCCAGCUCCGGCGAUGGUACCACGAUGACGGCGGCGGUAAGCCAAGAGGGGAGCGCCUUCGUUGAUGAUGAUGCGGCGUCUCGGCAAGCGGUGGUGGACGUCGGGGGGGAGGGCUCCGAGGAUGAUGGGAGGGACGGUGGUGGUGGGCAAGGGGAAGCUGAAGACGCGCCGGGAUCGAUCUCGGAUGAUGAUGAGGACACCGAUACAUCGGAGGCUAUCGACAUGCGCAGCGUCGUGACGAGCUCGAGCGGAGCACCUCUCGGCCCCGAUCCCCCCGGGUUUCGAGUGGUGCGCGUGUUCUCGCGGAGAAUAGAGCACGAGUACUUCGACAUCGAUGCUCCGCCCCAGGGGAUAGACCUUGGAGGGGAUUUGUGA